UCAUCCCUCAACACCCAUGAGCCCAUGACCAAUCUUCUUAAGAGCUCGUUAAUAUUUCCGUCCCUCAACUCCGAUACCUAUGCACUAUGGAACACCCAGCCCAGCACGCGGCCUAUGGAACGGCAUGUACGAAUUGUGCCCGGUCGAAAUGCCGAUGCAUAAUCCUGAACCCCGGAGAUGCAUGCCAGAGAUGUCGACGCCUUGGAAAAGAUUGUGUGCAAUCGGGAACCAAGCGAAACCGCGAUGCGACGAGAUUAUCCAAGUCUAGGAAUGAACAGCUAGAGGCCAAGAUUGAUAGCUUGGUAUCUCUUCUCACUUCAACUGCCGGCAGUCCUGUCAAUCCAGCCAAUGCAGGGACUUCAGUGGUUUCCGGGAAUGCACCUGUCGUACCGGGAAUGCCAGUCCUUAAGACUCGGCGUGCCAAUGUUCCAAUGCCAAUUCCCUUUCGACCAAGUAAUGAAUCAACCCAAGCAUCAACCACAAGCACUGCCGCUUCUCUUCAAACACUGGAUGACUCACCAGUGGAGGAUGAGCAGGAAUUGCUUGACGAGUUCAUGGCCCUCAGAUUGGUACACAUGCCAUUCAUGUAUAUUCCACCGCAAACCUCCACAGCCGACAUGCGGGCCACAAGGCCGUUUCUCUGGCUUUGCAUACAUGCAGUUUCGACACGGUCUACCCUUCAGCAAAGUAAAUUGUAUAGCCACAUACGACGUAUUUUAGGGCAGUCAAUGGUUUCAGACCUAGAGAGAAGCAUAGAAGAGCUCUUAGGUUUACUCAUCUGCAUUGCUUGGUCAGUACACAGACGUCCAUUCCUAACCCUGUUCACACAGCUAGCUAUUUCCAUUGUCUUUGAUCUUGGGCUCAACCUGAAGCCGCCGUCAGGCCCGGAUGAAAGAGCCAACUACAGAUUCCACAAACCUUGGGUAUCUGGGGGCAGGACAAUGGAGGAGAGAAGAGGGGUGCUCGGUCUAUAUUUUCUAAGCUCCGUCGUCUCCUGCAACCUAGACCGAAUCGAUACUCUUCGGUGGACGCCACACAUGAGCGAAUGUGUCGACCAACUUGCCGAUAUCAAGGAAUGUGAGAGCGACUUGAUUUUGGCCGCGCUUGUCAAGCUGCAAUUGAUGGUGGAGCGAAUACGGCAAUCCCCCCUGCAUGAGCGAGAAAUAGGUCGAGACGUGGUACCAAAGCCACCAGCUCCCUUCUACGUCAAAGCGCUACAGGCAGACUUGGACGACGUCAAAUGCCUGGUGCCUUCAGAAUUGCAAAACAGCAGAGUCUUGCUCAAUUAUUUUCAUGAUGCCCAACUUAAAAUCUACGAAUUCACAUUGUUUGAGGAAAUCCCAAUCGGUCCCAGCCUAGAUUUCGAUCGACUAGAGGCACUUCACAUUUGUCUCAUCUCUAUCAGAAAGUAUUUCGACAUCUUUUUCACAUAUGCCCCGAGGGAAUACGUAGGUUUCUCAACAUCAAGCUUCUUUCAACUGACACAUUGCUUGCUAUGCUUGUACAAACUCUCGGCAAUUAAAGAUCCCAGCUGG